AUUGACCAAGGGGGGGCCCUGGGAGCUUAAGGACCCCAGGCUUCGGGGCCCGAGGGAGUUGCUGUCGGUCGGUCGGUCGGUCGGUCGCCACGGUGCGAGGGCAUAUCCUCACCGGGGGGUCCUGCAGUGUCCGCGCCUUUCGGCGAGGGGACGAGGGCCCCCUCCUCGUCGGGUCAGGGCUGUCCAGGAAGAAUCCGGGACGUGCCCGGCUCGCCUUCUCCGGGCACCCGGAGGUCAAUCCUCCGCUAUCCCAGAAUGCCUCGCGUCCCGGAAGUGCCGCCUUCCCGGAAGUUCCCGGCUAGCUGGCCGAGCCGGAGCUCGCUGCAGCGCUGCCCGCUGCGGGGUACGGUUCUGCGGUUUGCGUGACCGCAGGAGGCCCGACCCGGGGUCCGCGUGUGCGUCCGGAGGGAGCUGGGCGGCGGGAUGAUGGAGGAGGAGGACCUGGAGUUCGUGGAGGAGCUGGAAGCGGUGCUGCAGCUCACGCCCGACGUGCAGCUCGCCAUCGAGCAGGUAUUUCCAAGCCAGGAUCCUCUAGAUCGAGCAGAUUUCAAUGCUGUGGAGUAUAUCAAUACCCUGUUCCCCACGGAGCAAUCUCUGGCAAACAUAGACGAAGUUGUGAACAAGAUUAGACUGAAAAUAAGGAGACUGGAUGACAAUAUUCGAACUGUUGUAAGAGGUCAAACAAAUGUGGGACAAGAUGGCAGGCAAGCACUUGAAGAGGCCCAGAAAGCGAUUCAGCAACUCUUCGGCAAAAUCAAAGAUAUUAAAGACAAAGCAGAAAAAUCAGAGCAAAUGGUUAAAGAAAUCACCCGUGAUAUUAAGCAGUUAGAUCAUGCCAAACGCCACCUGACCACCUCAAUCACAACGCUGAACCACCUGCACAUGUUGGCAGGUGGCGUCGAUUCCCUCGAAGCCAUGACCAGGCGGAGGCAGUAUGGAGAAGUUGCUAAUCUUCUUCAGGGUGUGAUGAACGUUCUGGAGCACUUCCACAAGUACAUGGGAAUUCCACAGAUCCGGCAGCUUUCCGAAAGAGUGAAGGCUGCCCAGACUGAGUUAGGACAGCAAAUCCUGGCUGAUUUUGAAGAAGCAUUUCCUUCCCAGGGUACCAAGAGGCCAGGAGGACCCAGCAAUGUCCUACGAGAUGCGUGUCUGAUUGCUAAUAUUUUGGACCCCCGAAUCAAACAGGAAAUCAUUAAAAAGUUUAUUAAACAGCAUCUGUCAGAGUAUCUAGUCCUUUUUCAAGAAAACCAAGAUGUUGCCUGGCUGGACAAAAUUGACAGACGCUAUGCCUGGAUAAAACGCCAGCUUGUGGACUAUGAGGAGAAAUUCGGCCGAAUGUUUCCACGUGAGUGGUACAUGACCGAGAGGAUUGCAGUAGAAUUUUGCCACGUCACAAGGACAGAACUUGCCAAGAUUAUGCGGACCAGAGCUAAGGAAAUUGAAGUGAAAUUGCUUCUUUUUGCUAUUCAGAGAACAACUAACUUUGAGGGAUUUCUUGCAAAACGCUUCUCUGGCUGCACUCUGACAGAUGGUGCCCUGAAAAAACUCGAGUCUCCACCCCCAUCUACCAAUCCCUUCCUGGAAGAUGAGUCAACACCAGAGAUGGAGGAACUGGCAAUGGAGAAAGGAGAUUUAGAUCAACCAAAGAAGCCUAAAGCCCCAGACAAUCCAUUUCAUGGCAUUGUUUCCAAGUGUUUUGAGCCUCAUCUCUACGUGUAUAUUGAGUCCCAGGACAAAAACCUCGGGGAGCUGAUAGAUCGGUUUGUGGCGGAUUUCAAAGCCCAGGGGCCACCUAAGCCCAACACUGAUGAAGUGGGUGCCGUGCUCCCCAGCUGUGCUGACCUCUUUGUGUACUACAAGAAGUGCAUGGUGCAGUGCUCUCAGCUCAGCACCGGGGAGCCAAUGAUCGCUCUGAGCACCAUUUUCCAGAAGUACCUCCGAGAAUAUGCCUGGAAAAUCCUCUCUGGCAACCUGCCCAAAACCACAAGCAGCAGUGGAGGGCUGACCAUCAGCAGCCUCCUCAAGGAAAAGGAGGGCUCCGAAGCAGCCAAGUUCACCCUGGAGGAGCUCUGCCUCAUCUGCAGCAUCCUGAGCACAGCAGAGUACUGUCUGGCCACUACCCAGCAGCUGGAAGAAAAACUCAAAGAAAAAGUUGAUGUAAGUCUGACUGAACGAAUCAAUCUGACUGGAGAAAUGGACACAUUCAGCACUGUCAUCUCGAACAGCAUCCAGUUGUUGGUUCAGGACCUGGAUGCUGCCUGUGACCCGGCCCUGACUGCCAUGAGCAAGAUGCAGUGGCAGAACGUAGAGCACGUUGGUGACCAGAGCCCCUAUGUCACCUCUGUCAUUCUUCACAUUAAGCAGAACGUGCCCAUCAUCCGUGACAACCUGGCUUCAACACGGAAAUACUUCACUCAGUUCUGCAUUAAAUUUGCAAACUCCUUCAUUCCCAAGUUCAUCACCCACCUCUUCAAGUGCAAGCCAAUUAGCAUGGUGGGAGCAGAACAGCUGCUGCUGGACACCCAUUCCCUGAAGAUGGUCCUGCUCGAUCUGCCUUCCAUUGGCUCCCAGGUGGUGAGGAAAGCACCUGCCAGUUACACUAAGAUUGUUGUGAAAGGCAUGACCCGGGCGGAGAUGAUCCUCAAGGUAGUGAUGGCCCCUCAUGAGCCCUCGGUGGUGUUUGUUGACAACUACAUCAAACUCCUUACAGACUGCAACACAGAAACCUUCCAGAAGAUACUGGACAUGAAGGGGCUGAAGAGGAGCGAACAGAGCAGCAUGCUGGAACUCUUCCGCCAGAGGCUCCCCACCCCGCCCGCAGGGCCCGAAGCCUCCAGCUCACUGUCCCUGCUGGCUCCCACACCAGAACAGGAGUCUUCUCGCAUCCGCAAACUGGAGAAACUAAUUAAAAAGAGACUGUAGGGGCGCCGGCCAGUGACCCUCAGCGCCCGGCUCCUGGAAGCCUCACCCUCCUGUGCUCAGCCUGACUCUCAGAUGUCCAUCUUGAAACUUCCCAGGACAUUUGGGUUGCUAGUGUGUGUCUCCUAAGCCCUGUCUUACUUCCUGUCCUAAUCGGAAAAGCCCCAUCAGGGCCCGGUUAGCAGAAGGCAGUCUCAGUGGCUCUGGAUCCUGCAGCAGAGGCAGGCUGGGUGAGCGGCCCUGCCCUUCACUGUUGUUUCUGGGCUGUUCUCACUGGUCCGUUGUCACGGACUCCGUAGCCUCCCUCCCUCUGCGGCCUCACCCUCUGGCAAGGGGCCCUCUUCCUCACGUGCACCCAUCCAGGCAGCUUCGGUGACCAAGCCUGGGUCUCCGCCUUCCUCCGUCGGCUGCUGUCUGAGGGGCGCUCUGGGGCCCGAGUUCAUGAAGUGGCAGGUGCAGGGGUAGGAAACCAGCCUUUCUUUAUGAAGGAAAUGGAAGCAGGACCGUUCUUUCGUGUGAAUCCCAGUUUGGGUACAUACUUUGCUUCUGGUACUUUUCGACUUGGCCAGGUUCUCCCUGUAUUCUCAUUUCUCACUCAUCUCCAAUUCGCUCUCUCUGUGCAUCCGAGAAGAUCCCCCGUGUCUCUCACCCAGGACGGCACGUGUCGGCCCCCUGUGCCCUGGGCUCCUGGCCCGGCUGCGGGGCAGACCCAUGUCUGACUGGGAGAGAGUUCCAGGCUGGGCGCACUCACUGCUUGACAGAAGGUUAUUUCCUCCGUUUCUUUAUUCCCACUCUACGCCUGACUUCGAGGGGAGGGGUGGCCUUUUUCCUAGAAAAAUGUCCUAGGCUUUCUCCUUAGAUGAAGCUCUGGGGCAGCCCAGGCGGCCUCUAAUUCCUUUCCUGCCCCUCCAUGUGCAAACCCAAAGUACGUUGCAGGAUCGCCUGAAAACAGCAGAGGCGAUGCGCGGGGCCAGAGUGAUGUGUUACUUUAUGACCAACGGAAAGAACCCAGGUCCUGAGGAGCGGGCACUGACCUUAACCCCCACCUCAGAACCUGGCAGGGCCCAGGCGCACCCUGACCCGGCCCUACCGUCCUGCCCUCCACGGGCGCCGGGCCAGCGCAGCUUGCAGGAGAGAAUCGCCCCACAGGACUGUUUCAGUCCGCCCGUCACCCGCGUCAAGAGGGCGGGUAACGGAGUUGCCCAGGUUCACCUGGUUCCUCCCGUCGGCUGUGACCAUGGCCUCAGAGACCCGUCAGUCUCAGCGUUUGUUCAGGAAUUCUGAACGAGGUGUUGGCAGGGGGCGGGGGCGAGAGCGAAGGAGGGCGGUGGAGCUUCUUACAGAGGAUGCCCCAUCAGGCCCAGGAUAAAACUGGGGCAGCAAAUAGCACUCAGGAGAGAGGACGUUUCCUAAAAAUUCAUGAAACUGCCUGGCUGGCUUGGCUCAGUGGUUGAACUUCGACCUAUGAACCAGGAGCUCACGGUUCGAUUCCCGGUCAGGGCA